GAGCUCAGGUCUUGUGCUUGUACGCCGCGGCGCUACGUUUGUGGCUUCUAUUCGCUCUGCAUGAAGCAGCCUUCGGCCGGGUACACGGUACUCUACCACCUAUACCGGAUUAUAGCGCGCUCUGUGUCUCUACGAGCGCCUUGUCUAAGACCCUGAGGUCUCAAAUGGCAUGGCCGCUGGGAGAGUCUUACACUGCCUGGCCUAGAAAGGGCGACCCAUCACCAAAAUCGUCAACUUUCCCCUCGGUCCGUGGUACUGACUUACUCUACGUCAUUCCGUACGCAGUCUAUUCAAAAGUUUGAGCUCGCUCUAAAAAAUGUCAUGGGACGGGAAAAGGAAUUGCGGCGUGCUCGAAAAGCAUAUCCGCGAUGCUCAAUCAGGGCGACCUGGCCGACAGGUCACGCCACGGAGCCCUCACCAAACCAGGCAUCUCACGCACCGAUAACACCCCAAAAUACAAGAAAAUGCAGCGCAGGCCAAUCCAGAGCCUCUCCACCAAGCUCGUGGCGUUCGGUAGGGAGCCGAACGAGCACAUUCCUUCUCCCUUGCUAUGUGACCCUCUGGCCUUUUGUUUUUCUUUCCAUAUUUCGGCUUCAUUCCACUGCUCUUGUUAUGGCAACGCCAAAAUACUUCAGAGACAGGUGGAAAUGUAUGUUUACUGGAAAAUUCCUGCGUGUUUGUGUAGAAGCUACUGCCGCAAGUACGCUGCUGUCGUUCGUUUCUUUCCGGUCUUUUCGCGGGCAAGAAGAGCAGAUGAAAUAGAAGAGAAGGGUGUUUUCCAUCAAAAUAGUUGUAUUGUCGGUGCGGGCGGAACAGACACGACCGUGACUACGAAUCGAACCGAUCCC